AUGACAGGAAACGUAGUAGACCGUCUUUCAAGCAUACAUCGUCCUGUGACGACGAAUGGUCUUUACGACAAUAGUACAAUACCAACUGCGAUUAUUAAUGAUCCAUCGUAUGCCAUAACAGUCGCAACAACUCUUGCGCUGACUGUUGGUGUUUUACAGGUUAUUCUUAGUAUUUGUCGACUUGGACUUGUUACGGCAUUUUUAUCGGACGCUUUUAUCAGUGGUUAUACUACUGGAACAGCUGUGCUGGUGUUCACAAGCCAGAUCAGUGAUAUUUUUGGAUUGACGAUUAAACGUUAUGUUGGACCAAUGAAUAUUACGUAUAUUGAUAUAUUUAAGAACCUCAAGAAUACAAAUCCAGCAACAUUUAUCGUCUCUUUAUGCUCAAUCGUUUCACUGAUUCUUGUCAAAGAGUUUAUAGAUCCGUUUUAUAAAAGACAACUGAAAAGAUUAAAAAUGUUUAAAAAUCUACAAAUUCCGAUACCAAUUGAAUUAGCUGUGAUCAUAGUUGGAACCGUUGUUUCACAUAUGGCUGAAUUAAACCCCAGAUAUCGUGUAAAGAUUGUAAAAAAAAUUGAUAGUGGAUUUCCAAUCCCUCGUGUGCCAAAUAUUACUUUACUCCCAUUAGUUAUCAAAGAUGCCGUUAUUAUUGCAAUUGUUUCAUUUGCAAUUUCCGUCAGCUUAGCAACAACCAUUGCAAAACGAUUCAAAUAUGUUGUAGAUGGAAAUCAAGAAUUAAUGGCAUAUGGUUUAUGUAGUGCUGUUGGUUCAUUUUUCUCUUGUUUUCCUUCGGCAGCAUCCUUAUCUCGCACAAGCGUCUAUGUCAAUGCUGGUGGAAAAACACAACUUGCAAGUUUAAUAUCAUCUGGAUUUCUAUUAAUUAUCAUUUUGAAAAUUGGUCCAUUCUUUCAACCAUUACCAAAGGCGUGUUUAGCUGCGAUCAUUGUCGUUGCACUAAAAGGUUUGUUUUUACAAACAAAAGAUAUAUGGACAAUUGGACGUAUAACAAAGUUAGAAUCUAUUGUUUGGAUUAUAACAUUCUUAAGUACAGUUCUUCUCGAUAUCGAUUUGGGUCUAAUUAUCGGUAUCCUUGUCUCGCUUGUUAUCGUGAUAAUAAGGCAGUUUAGACCGCGUACAACAAUACUCGGACAAUUUGCUCGUACUGAAGUGUAUAAAAAUACAAAACGUUAUUCAAAUGUACAUGAAAUAUCCAACAUAAAAAUUUUUCGAUUUGAAUCUUCCAUCAGUUAUUUUAAUGCCGAUUAUUUUCGUUCAAGUUUAUUAGAUACCAUUGGAGUAGAUUUGACCAAGAAUCGUCAACAUGAACAUAAAAAUAUCGAUACAUUAAUUGCCAAUAGUUAUCGUUUAACGUAUGUGAUUAUUGAUUGUUCAUCAAUAAAUCAUAUAGAUUAUACCGGUGCAAAAAUUUUUAUACAAACUCUUAAGGAUCUGAACGAUGUUGAAUUGAAAGUACACUUGUAUUAUAUUUAUGAGUUGCUUGAGCGAUUAAAAAUGUCUGAAACAUGCAAUGUUGUUCUUACAGCUACGGUUCAUGAUGCUGUUCGUAAUAUUAAAGAAAAAAUGUUAGAGAAUGACGCUCAGCUGAAUGUUGUCUUAGAUCGUUAUUCUUUACCUGAUGGAAUAAGUAAAACAUCGUCGAUUUCUUCGAUGUAUAGGGUGUAUACAGUAGAACAAAGUGAUCUAGUUAAUACCGAUGUUGAACGUUCGGUUGAUCUUAUUUCUCAUUUACCAAAAUAUACAAUAGUAAUAACAGUCGAAAAUCGUGGCUCAAAACCAGUACGAACGUAUGAAUAUUAUGUUGAAUCUCAAUAUGGAAAUAAUGUUGCCUAUGUUGGCGCUUCUGCCAAAGCGCAAGAUGAUGAAGAUAAGUUACCUUUUACUGUUAAAAAGGGAACAUCAACAGAUAAAAGCAAGGGUAACUUAUAUGUAAUUGAAUUUCCAAAUGAUAUUAAGCCUGGUAAAAAGUUCACAUUUGAAGUGGAAGUGGUUCAUGUUCAUGCCUUAAAACCCUAUCCAACUGAAAUAGUACAAGGUGAACGUCAAUUAAUUCAGUAUAAAAUGAAUGUUUAUUAUAAUACAAAAUAUCCGACAGUCACACAGAAAACCAUUAUCACAUUGCCAACAGAUCGAGCUGAAUCCUAUGCACAAUUACCAAAACCGGUGAAUAAAAAUGAUCAAACAAUUACUUAUGGUUCAUACGAAAAUAUACCAAAUUUUUCAAAUCAAGAAAUAACAUUACAUUAUGAAAAUAAUAAUCCAUUUUUAACAAUAAGUAAUUUAAAUCGUUGGAUUGAAGUAUCACAUUGGGGAAACAUUGCUAUUGAAGAAACAAUUGAUAUGUAUCACAGUGGUGCAAAAUUAAAAGGACCAUUUUCCAGAUUAGAUUUUCAACGUCGACAAGAUAGUUAUUCGGCAGUCAAAGCAUUUAAAACAUCAUUACCAGCUGCUGCACGUGACAUAUAUUAUCGCGAUGAAAUUGGUAACAUUUCAACGAGUCAUGUGCGUGAAAUGUCCGAUCAAGUGGAAGUUGAAAUUCGUCCACGUUUUCCGUUAUAUGGUGGUUGGAAAACUUAUUAUAUUCUCGGCUAUAAUGUUCCAUCGUAUCAAUAUUUAUUUAACAAAGGAAAUAAUUAUGUAUUAAAGAUGCGUUUAGUCGAUCAUGUUUAUGAUGAUCAAUUACUUGAACAAGUUUUUAUUAGAAUUGUUUUACCCGAAGGUGCCAGUAAUAUUGAAUUUUAUCCACCAUCGUAUGAUGUUCAACGUUUACCAGAUGAAAAACAUUAUACUUAUUUGGAUACUAGUGGUCGUCCGGUUGUUGUUUUACAAAAGAAAAAUGUUUUAUUCAAUCAUAUUCAAGAUUUUGAAGUACAUUAUACAUUUGAAAAAUAUUUAUUAUUCCGUGAACCAUUGUUAAUUGUUGGUGCAUUAUUUUGUCUAUUUUUUGCUGUAACAAUGUUGACUCGAUUAAAUUUUUCUAUAACAAAAAAUGGAGGCAAUGAAUCACGCUUAAGAUUACAAGCAAUUUGGGAUCAAGUUAUUGAUUUAAAUUCAAAACGUUCACAUUUAUAUCAAAAAUUUGAUGAUGCUUUGACUACGUUGAAAACAAGCAAAGAUAUACGAGGAUCCAAUGAGACACGAAAAAAAAUUGAAAACGAAUUAAAAUCAAUUAGUCAAGAUUUAAAUCUAUUGGCACUAAAAGCAAAAAAUGAUAGCAUCGAUGGAUCGGAAAAGAUUGCUGAAUUACAACGUAUUGAUGCUCAAGUUCGUGAACUACACCAGACGUUAAGUGGUCAUGCAGAAAAAUUAGUAGCAAAUAAACAAACAAAACAAGUAUAUUCAGAAAAUGAAUCAGGUAUUCGUAGUAAAAUGCGUGAAUUCAAUUCACGUGUAUCGGCAAUUAUUAACCAAUAUUAA